AGACAAGCAUGCAGACAGCAAAGCAGCAACACGCACACACAUACACAUACAAGUACACAUCGUGGUUGGCUUCAGUGUGAAACCGCUAGUGGAGUGACACGUUGCGUUCUCUCUCUCUCCUGCAGAUUUGGAUCCACGUACUCGGUGAUCCUAUUUGCGUCCUCUCCAUGUCCGCUUCCUCGGUGGACCUGACCGCCCCGGAGGCAUACGCGCUGUGGGGCGAAAGAAUUCACUGCCUCUUCGCUGCCCCGCCGUCCUUCAUCGACGCCACUGUCGACUACAACCCGUUUGAGCGGCACGCGUGUUCGGUGCCUUUGCCGCCACCGUCGCCACAACACGACGAGUCACCCUCGUCGGGUGAGGGAAGCAGAGCGGAUGCGACAUCGGACAGCACGCCAAGCGGCAGCAGUAGGUUCUUCGACGAGUCUUUGUACCCGCUCUGCUUUUACGCGCGUCUGCUUCAGAGCUCUAAGAUGCCCAACUUGGCCGCUCCUGCGUCCGUGAACGCAACUGGACAUAAAGAGGAAGAUGGACUUUGUACGGAGCAGCAGAUCCAGCAUCUACUCGUGGAUGACGACGAGCUCGCUCGCCGUCUCGCAGGGCGUCUCCGCGCGCGCAAUCGAGAACAAAUCGUGCACCUUCAACGCCAGCGCGCCUUCGAGAGCGGCAGCCUCGUCUCUGCGUUCUGCGACCCCAAGGUGGAGCAGCAGCAGGCGCUUCUGCAUUCCGAACUGACGGAGUUUUUGCUGUCGGUGCGGGCGGAGAACAAGGCGGCUGUCGCGCUGCGUCGUCAGUUGCAGCGCAGUCGAAUGGUGCGAGAGACAGGACACGAUGCCGGGCUGCCUUCUACAGCUUUCAUACCUCGUGAUGAACACUAG